AUGUACUUCUUCUUCAGCCACUUGUCCUUUGCUGAUUCCUGUUAUUCCACUGGAGUCACACCUAAACUCUUGGAGAACUUGGUUGUGGAGGAUAGGACCAUCUCUUUCUAUGGCUGUAUCUUGCAGUUUUCUUGUGCCUGCAUUUUCGGUGUAGCGGAGACCUUCAUGUUGGCAGCAAUGGCUUACGACCGCUUCAUGGCAGUUUGUAAACCCCUGCUCUAUACUGCUGUUAUGUCUCCCCAGCUGUGCACCUUUCUGGUGGCUGGAUCUUAUACAUGGGGCAUCGUGUGUUCCCUGACACUCACAUAUUUCCUUCUUGCACUAUCCUAUUGUGAAUCUAGCGUCAUCAAUAACUUCAUCUGCGACCACUCUGUCAUUGCGUCUGUCUCCUGCUCAGACCCCUACACUAGCCAGACACUAUGUUUUAUUAUUGCUGUUUUCAAUGAGGUCAGCAGCCUGCUGAUUAUUCUGACAUCAUAUGUGUUCAUUUUCACCUCAGUUAUGCAGAUUCCUUCUGCUAGUGGGCGUCAGAAAACGUUCUCUACCUGUGCCUCCCACCUGACAACCAUCACUAUCUUCCACGGUACCAUCCUCUUCCUCUACUCUAAAGCUUCCUGA